AUGCCUGGGAAUGACCUGUCUGAUAUGUUCAAUAACAUCCCUCCUCUCACUCGUUAUUGGUUCUCGGGGACAAUAUUAUUUUCACUUCUCGGUAAAUUUAAUAUUAUUGAUCCCAUGCGUAUGAUUUUGCUGUGGAACAGAAUGUAUUCCCACUUCGAGAUAUGGAGACCAAUCACAGCAUUGCUGUUCUAUCCAGUAUCUCCAUCAACUGGAUUUCACUUCCUAAUCAAUCUGUACUUCUUGUAUUCAUACUCCUCUCGAUUAGAAAAUGGUAUGUUCCUCGGACGCACUGCAGAUUAUGUAUUUAUGUUUCUGUUCACUUGGUUAGCACUGGUGAUUGUCAGUUUCUUGGCUUCAUUUUACGUGCUUCUGGAGCCAAUGGUUCUGACAGUGCUUUAUAUAUGGAGUCAAUUAAAUCGUGAUGUUAUUGUUCAAUUUUGGUUUGGUAUGCAAUUCAAAGCAAUGUACUUUCCGUGGGUCUUGGUAAUAUUUAACUUAAUAGUGCGUGGAAGUGCGAUGAUGGAACUGGUUGGAAUAAUCGUUGGACAUCUUUACUACUUUUUCGUUUUCCAGUAUCCCCAAGAGUAUGGUGGUCAAGCUAUAUUAAAGACUCCUGGAUUUCUAUACAGACUAUUCCCAAACCAAAGAGGUAUUACAACUGGUUUUGGAGAAGCCCCACGCGCAAGACAACCAAUUACAUCUACGGGAAGAUUUCCUGGACACGGCCAGGUUUUGGGGAACGAUGAAUAA